AUGCAUCGCUGGUGCAUCGCCGGUGCAACGUCGAUGCAUCGCCGAUGUAUCGGCGAUGUGGCGCGAUCCUCCGACCCCGUCUAUUCCGACCCAACAAAGAGGCCUCUAGGUACGUGCUGGACUUCUUCGGGGCGAAGGGGGCCUGGGGCAUGCUGUCGGCUGAGCACCGCUCCGGCUUCGACGCUGGGCUCCUGCGUGCCGCACUGGUCCAGGCGGGCUUCGAUCCGCGCGAGGUGGCGCUGCGCGGCUUCGGUGAGAGCGGCUCCGCGGAGCUCGCGUUCGUGGAUCUGUUCAGCGGCUCGUCGACCACCGAUGCUGUACGACGAGAGCUCGGAGCCGAAGCGGCCCCUGAACACGACGCUGUUCUUCGAGGCCCGGAAGCUCGGCGGCGGCGACGCCCUGGGGGCGCGGAAGCCCGCCGGUCCGCGCGGGACCUGGACGUUCGAGCUCGCGGGCGUGAAGUACACACACGGCUGGGGUAGAACCGUGGUCGCGGGCUACUCCGACGAGGAGUGGAGCAUCACGAGCGCCGGCUGGUGCGGCUUCAGGAGGCAGCGGCAGCUUUGGCUGACGGGCUCCGCCUCCGGGCAUGCCGCGAAGCUCUGCUGCGCGAACCAGGAUGUCCGCGUGCUGAGCAGCGCGUUCGCGCCCAGCGUGGGCAGGGUGGAGCUCUGA